AUGGCCGUGUCGGUGUCCAGGGAUCUCACCGUCCAGGUGCACGAGGACGCGAACGUGGUGAAGCUGACCGACAGGCGGCAGGAGCUGCGGGCGGCCAUCCAGAGAGGAGAGCCCAAGAGCCUGGGGGUGAGCCAGGUGAUGCUGGGGCUGAUGGUCAUGUCCUACUCCAUUCCUCUGCACUUCACCGAGCUGACGGAGGUGGUGUCCACGGGGUUCAUCACGGCCGGAGUGUUCGCCGUCAUCCUGGACAAACACUGCACCAUGAAGCUGACGGUCAGAAAACCAGAUUCAGUUCCUCCAAACCCAGUGGGUCCAGACCAUGGAAAGGUGUCCAACCUGCUCCAGACCCAGAAAGAGCUUCAGAUGCUAAUCAGCUUCCCACCCAGGAGCACCCUGGUGACCGUCUGGACCCCCCCGGACCCUCUGGACUCCCCUGGACCCUCUAAACCCCUCUGGACUCCCCUGGACCCUCUGGACCCCCUGCUCUCACCCUCCUCCUCACAGCUACUGCCUGAGCUGGCAGGUGAGGACUGGGAUCGGGACCAGGAUCGGGACCAGGACCGGUACCAGGAUCAGGACCGGGACCAGGAGGGUCCUCUGUGA